GAAAAACUGCACGGUCUUACCGUGCCAAGACAUGGCAAAGACAUGGGUGGUGUCUAUAGAAUUCCAACAGAGGUUGUUGAAUGACCCGAGUGCGUUCGACUAUCCCAGGCGGACUGGGAUACCCCUUUGGUUUUCCGUGGUCCAACCUGGUCCCGGGAGACCUGGCUACCUCUCUUGGUUCCGUGGCGGUCUGCCUCAUGUGCUGGUCCCUUGCGCUGGUGUUGACCGCGAACGAACUCCGUGGUUUUCCCGUGUUUUGGCCGUCGGGUCCGACGAACGAACGCCUGGUGGACGAUCUGGUUGAGCCCUUCUGGCAGAAGUCCAGCUUAAUCACCCCUUCCAGUGGGGAGCACAGCGGCAGGGAGCUAGCGACUGCCGUGUUGGCUGGUCUUUGACUCAAGUGAGCAGC